AUGAGUCUUACGAUGACGAAAUCAGCCAACACAUCUACAUCAUCCACUUCAUCAUCUAUUCGUCCAGCAAACUCAAUUGGAACAUUGAUACCGACAACGUCUCCGGGUAAUAAUAAUAUUUCAUCACCGCAACAAAAAUUAUCAUCGCCUUCAACGAUGUCAUUGCGUCCUCAACAACCUCCAAUCGUUACUUCGGUACCACCAGAAAUUUUUGCUAAAAUAUGCGAUUACCUGACACCGAUUGACAUCUUCAAAUUAUCGACUGUUUGUUUACAAUAUCGAAAUUUUUUGUGUACCCCAUGUUCAGUUAUAUCUCAAAAUAUUUGGCGUAAUUCAAGAACCAAAUUCUUAACUUAUCCUGAAUUACCUCCACCACAAGGAAUGGAAGAGGAAAAGUACAUUCGGAUUACAAAUUUUGAUAAAAGUUGUGAAUUUUGCGGAAAUCGUGAUCCGGAAUCUUCAAGAUUAUAUUGGGAAUUUAGACUUGAGAAAUCCGCAGAUAUACAAAUUGAAAUAAUAGAGACAUUGCCGUGUGUAUGGAUUCGAGGUGGUGCUUUCGCCGUGCCUGUUCAUAGAUAUUAUUGGAUUGAUGAUGUAAAGUCAAUAAGCAAAGAAUAUUCAUCUUUGAAGGGAAAGGAUUAUUCGAGUUGGUUAUUGAAAAAAAAAGAACAACAUAAAAAAUAUAUGGCCGAAGUAUCUCGUUAUUAUUUGGAGGAUCAAAAGCAAUGGAAUGAUUUGCAAAAGAAAUCCAGGCAUCGUUAA